GGAAGGGCUGGCAGGGCCGGGCUGCAAGGACCUGGCGGGCACCAAGGGCAGCCAGAGCGAACUGAAGGCCGUGCUCUUUGAGGGGAAGGUGCCCGUGGUGCUCCUGGAGGACAUCAUGGCCGGGAAAGGCCCCCAGGGGGCUUCUCCGGGUGGAAGCGCCACGUCGGGAAACGACACCGUGGAAUCCUCUCCCGAGGGGGACUCGGGACUCACCAACUCCUCGCUGAGCUCCGGGAGCUCCCCCGAGGUGCAGCUGGUGGCAGAGUCCAAGAGGAACACGAGUCCUUUGGCUGCCUCCACCCCCCUCAGGAAGGUGCCUCAGAAGUUGCACAGGAGUUCUGCAGAGAAGGAGAAGCUGAGGCUGCAAAGGGAUCAGGAGAGAGCAGACAAGCUCCAGAAGCUCCAGGCAGAGAGGGAAGAAAAGGGGAGGCUGAAGGAAGAGGCAAAAGCUGCGAAAGAACGAGCCAAGGAGGAGGCAAAGAAGAGGAAAGAGGAGGAGAAAGAGCUGAAGGAGAAGGAAAGGAGGGAAAAGAAGGAAAAAGAGGAGAAGGAGAAAGCGGAGAAGCUGAGGGUGAAGGAGGAGAAGCGCAAGGAGAGGCAGGAAGCGUUGGAGGCAAAACUCGAGGAGAAGAGGAAGAAAGAAGAGGAGAAACGGUUGAGAGAGGAGGAAAAGCGGAUUAAUGCCCAGAAAGCAGAAAUCACGAGGUUCUUCCAGAAACCAAAGACUCCACAAGCCCCCAAGACCCUCGCUGGCUCCUGUGGGAAGUUUGCUCCCUUUGAGAUCAAGGAGAACAUGGUUUUAGCUCCCCUCAGCCGCGUCCCUCCGGAUCCCGACUCCUUGGAGCAGCUGGAUAAGCUCCUUCCCGCCCAAAACGGGGAAGUUUCUUUCCUGAGGGACCUAAAAUGUCGGAAGCCACGAAAAUCUGGCCCCACCUGGGUCAGGAACAGCAACGACACGGUGAACAGCGACGUGGUGGUGGUGGACAACUGCCAGAGGGACGGCGUUCCCGAGAGGGAGAAGUUUGGGAGGAUGAAGCUGCUGCAGUUCAGCGAGAACCACCGGCCUGCCUACUGGGGCACCUGGAACAAGAGCACCACCCUCAUCCGGGCCCGCAAUCCCUGGGCCAAGGACACUAAACUGCUGGAUUAUGAGGUGGAUAGCGAUGAGGAGUGGGAAGAGGAGGAGCCUGGAGAAAGUCUCUCCCACAGUGAAGAGGAUGACGAAGAGGAGGGAGAGGAUGAAGAUGAGGACGAUGGGUUUUUUGUACCCCAUGGGUACCUAUCUGAAGAUGAAGGUGUGACAGAAGAGUGUGACCCAGAGAACCAGAAGGUCCGUCAGAAGCUGAAGGCCAAGGAGUGGGACGAGCUCAUUGCCAAGGGGAAGAGGUUCCACGUCCUCCAGCCUGUGAAAAUAGGCUGUGUGUGGGAAGGGGCAGAGCGGGACAGCAGCACUAACCCCGACCUCAAGGUGCUCCAGCAGUUCACAGCCUGUGUCCUGGACCCCCCUGUGGCAGAGGAAGAGCAGCAGAUCCAGAAAUGUAGCAAAAAAAGAGCCAGAGAUCAGCAAAUCCUGGGCCACCUCCUGCCGCUGCUGCACGGCAACGUCCACGGGAGCAAGGUGAUCAUCCAGGAAUUCCAGGAGUGCUGCCGGCAGGGACUGUUCCACGAGGGCACCAAGGGGAGCCCCCCCCGGCCCCAGAGCCCUGCGGGGGGGGAGGACAUUGGGGUCCCCUCCAAGGCCAGGCUAAAGAGGAUCAUCUCGGAGAGCUCCGUGUACGAGAAGCGGCCCGAGCACAGGAUGUGCUGGUACGUGCACGGGGACGUGCUCAGGAGCUUCCAGCAGGAGCAGCUGCCCGUGCCCUGCCAGUGGAACUACGUCACCCAGGUGCCCUCCUCCUCCUCCUCCUCCUCCUCCUGCGGGAUUCCCGCCGGGAAGGAGGAGGGUGGCCCCGCGCCGGGCGCGGCCGUCCCGCAGAGCACCCCCGUGCCCGCCAAGAGGAGGGGGCUGGGCAGCAUGAACAUCACCAGGUUCAUGAAGAGACCACGGGAGGCCGGGCAGGCUGAGGCUGUGGAGAUGGAUGGAUUCCAGGCAGACACUGAGGAAGAUGAGGAAGAUGAUGACUGCAUGAUUGUGGAUGUACAGCCAGCAAAAGACUCUCCAGCUUCAGAAUGCAGUGGUACAAGAGCUGCUCACCAGGACACCAGCAGGGUCAGCCCAUCUAAUACAAUUUGAGACUUAAAACCACCUACUAACUCCUCUGUAUGUAUGUAGAAUGGAUUAGAAAACUUUAAAACCCUGUGUAUCUUCGCCCAAGAUACUUGAAAGUAUUCCACAUUUCUUGUAAAGAGAAGACAGCACUUUGUUCUGCUUCAGCCCAGAUGGAAGCUUAAAUUUUAUUUUUUUUUUUUUUAGGUCUAGCUUUUUUUAGCUUGGUUCUUUUUUAAAAAAAACAAACAACAAACUGCAUAUUAAUCUGUCCUUAAUAAAGCAUUAUUGAAAUUUUGAUACUUCUUUGUAAUGGAAGGUAUCUUAAAUUAUCUCUGAAAGUAGCUGAGGGAUUUUUGGGAUAAGCUUAUUGUGAUGCCACUGGGGGAAUGAUGACUGUUCAUAAUGUUGUACAGCGUGGCCUUGGGUAUAAAUGAUGUACAAUUAUAUAUGAAUUUAUGCUCUUGUA